UUGAUAUUAACCUAAGUCAUAGCUGUUAUUAACAAACACCUCGUGCACCACCAUGGAAGCCUUAAAAGUAUUUUGCAUUAUUAAUUGUAAUUUAAAAAUUACGUGAAUUUAGAAGAAAAAUGAAUGAUGAAUAUGGGGUUAGAGGUAAUGAUCCAGAUUACAGUGACUUCCAUUACAAUAAAACCAUAGAUCGUAGCCGAAUUUCUGAGCAAGAGUCUAAAAAUAAGACAAUCUCAAAAAUAGAGACAAUCUUAAAUGAACAGUUUUCAAAUGAAAUUAAAGCUAAAGAACAAGAAAUUGUUGUAAUUGAUAAAAGAAUAUGUCAGACAAGAGCUAUGUUAGAUCGUUUACGGGCAUAUGUUGCUGCAAGUUACUAUGGUUCAGGUGAAAAGCUGAUCCCAAUAUCAAAGGAUAUAGAUACUAGAAAACGAAAAUGUGUUGAAGGUACUAAGACAGCUGAAGAAGGAGUUAUUCCCGUCAACAAAGUAUAUUCUGAGAAAGUAAUUAAUGGUGAAAUUAGAGAAUGUGAUAUAAAGGUGAAAACUGUGGAAAAAGAAGGCGUAAACAUUGUGAGUUUAGAACCUGUUGAGGAGAAUCGUUUUUAUACGACAAAAGAAGUGAUUGUUGGAAAUGUCUCAAAGUAUCUUGUUGCUGAAAACCGAAAAGAAAAUGAUAAGGCAACACAUAAGUGGAUGGUGUAUGUUCGUGGUCCAACACAUGAGCCUGAUAUUUCGUAUUACAUAAAAUCAGUGUGGUUUUUUCUACAUCCUAGUUAUAUUCCAAAUGAUAUCAUUCAAAUACACAAAUCUCCCUUCCAGUUAACUAGAAGAGGAUGGGGUGAAUUUCCUGUUCGAGUCCAACUUCAUUUUAAAGAUGGACAAAAUAAACGAUUUGAUAUCAUUCAUAACUUGAAACUUGACAAAACUUACACUGGAUUGCAAACACUUGGAGCAGAAACAAUAGUAAAAUUAGAACUUCAUCGCCAUGCUACAGAUUCUUUGUAUUUAGAUACUCAAAAGAAGUUAUACUACAACAAUAUGAAACAUCAAAAUGAUUUUCCCACACCACAUAUAAAUACUGAAGCUCCCAAACAACCCUCAGAUGAAAACCAAAUUGAUUUUGAACAGUUACCUGAAAUGGUGAGUGAAAAGGUAAAUAAUGAAUUUCCAAAUGUUAACAGUUCUAUGUCUUUUAAGAAAGAUGCCUGCUACAAAUUCAAGCAAAUAGUGGAUUCGGAAGCUCCCUCUGCUGUAUCCAGCUGUGUAACCAGUGCUGCUGUAUCUCGGUCUUCAUCACCAGUUGACUUUUGCACUGAACAAAAUUUGGUAGAUGACGAGACUCAUGUAAUUCUAGAGGAACUUGUCCUGGAUGCACCCUUGAUUGACAUGCACACAAGCGUGCACAGAGAAUCCUUUUCUUCUUCCUCCUAUGAGAAGUAUUCCUCUUGGUCUUUCUCCAAACGAAGAGCUAGUGAAUGGCAAAGAGCUGUGUUUUUAAAGAAAUUAUUUAUCGAAUAUUUAGAUGCUAAUAACAAAACUUUGGUUACACCUACUACAAAAACAAUUAUGAUAUGGUGUCGUAGGAAUGGCCACACUCCAGCCGAAAGAAAGCUGAAGGUUGUUCACAGUAAUGAUGAGAAUAGUCGAUAUUGUAAUUCUUGUGGAGUUUUUAUUGAAAGUAACUCAUGUGAAAAUUAUAUGUGGUGUUUGAAAUGCAUGGCAAAACAGGGUAAAAUAAUCAAAUUUGAAUCAGUAACACCAUUUGCUUCAGUACUAUCUGAAAUUAGACAAAAGGAAGAGGCAUUGAUCUCCCUGCAAAGUUUACAGACAUCAAUGCGAUUACCACUAGACAAUGAUAUAUAUGUUGACAUAGAAAGCCUAUCUUAUUCUGAACCAUUAAUAAGUAAAGAAAAAUUAUUUCAUACUGAACUUCCUUCUUCUGACUGUCUCGAUUGGGUUUACAACACAGCAAUUGACAUUGAUGUUCAUUUGCCCUCGGUUACGUGCAAUCAAGUAAAAGGUCCUAUACUACAAAAAAUGUUGGUAGUAGCAAUGAAACGAUUUGUAUCUGAUUUGUUGCGGAAAAGUAAUAAUGAAGCAGUUUCAAGACAGAAAAGUGCACUGGAGCCUGUGUUUGUAACAUGCCGACACCUAUAUUGUACGAUUUUAAAAAAUCAAAAGUUUGACUUUCUUACUGAGGCUUGUUUGGGCAAGGAGUUUGAAUGAGAUUAUUUUGUCUAUAUAUUUAAGAAAAAUAUAAUAACAUCAACAUGUUUUAGUAUUUAGCUAUUUUGGUAAUCGUCUCUGCUUAGUAAGAGGAUUUUUACA